AGUACACUUAAUCUAGUUAACUGUGUAAUUUGUUCCGGCUCCAUCAUGUGAUCGCCACCUAGAAACUUUGACCCUUUUUUAGCCAAAGACCGCCGUUGUUCGUCCUACUUGCAAGGUCAGUGCAGCCGCCCGCGCAGAUCUCGCUCCCACCGCGGCGCCGGAAGGACGGAGAAAGGUUAAAUGGAUCUUGUGAGUGUGGAGCCAAGAGAUCUGUCGUUCCAUUUAUUGGAAGAAAUAACAGAUGGUUUCUCUGAAGAACGGAAACUUGGAAGCGGUGGGUUUGGAAAAGUUUACAUGGGCGUUCUUAAAGAUGGGGAAAAGAUUGCAGUGAAGCUGCUUCAUCCGUUGCCGGGACUCGAAGACAGUGAUCAACAAUUUCAGAAUGAGUUUGACAACCUUGUAAAGCUUCGACACCAAAACAUCGUGCAUUUAGUUGGCUAUUGCUAUGAAAUUCAGAAACGAUAUGUAGACUACAAUGGAAGAAAUAUUUUUGCUGAAGAUAUACGCAGGGUGCUCUGCUUUGAGUACAUGCAGAAAGGAAGCCUUGACAAGUAUCUUUCUGAUGAGUGUAGUGGGCAUGGCUGGAACACACGCUAUGCAAUAAUCAGGGGGAUAUGCAAGGGUUUGAAAUACCUUCACGAGGAAUUGGAAUCUCCUAUUUAUCAUCUGGAUUUGAAACCAGCUAAUGUAUUAUUGGAUGAGGAUAUGACACCGAAAAUCGCAGAUUUUGGCUUGUCCAGGUUCUUCUUCGGAGAAGAACAAACACAGGUUACAAAAACUUCUAUGGGGACAUUGGGGUACUUACCGCCAGAAUACAUAGAGAGGGGUGUGAUCUCAAAUAAGUUUGACAUAUUCAGCUUAGGUGUUGUAAUCAUAAAGAUAAUGACAGGACCUAAGGGCUACUCCAGAAGUGCUGAAAUGCUUUCCCAUCAAUUUAGUGAGCUUGUGAAUAAAAACUGGAGGAGUAGGUUUCAUUCCACAUCAUUAAACAUGGUGCAAUCAUAUUUGGAACAAGUGAAGACAUGCAUUGAAAUAGCUUUAAGCUGUGUCGAGGCCGAUCGGCAAAAAAGACCGGAUAUAGGGUAUAUUGUCAACAAGCUGGAUGAGACUGAGAUGUUGAUUCAGUUACAACAUGCAUUAAGUAUUGAUGCAGGGUCAUCCUUGAACCAGAUAAGCCCUGACAUGCCUACUGGGAGUGGCUUACUGGAUGCAUCUCCAAAAAUAGAGAGUGGGUGUCUGCAUGCAUCUCCAAAUAUAGAGGGUGGGUUACUGGAUAUCCACCCCUGCCAGCUCGACUUCCUGUUUGAGCCAAACAAGUUGAUCUCGUGUCCACUGCGCCUAACUAACAACUUAGGUGACCAGCAUGUCGCAUUUAGAUGUGUCCCAAAAACACCAGAGAUUUAUCUGGAUGGACUGUCGCAAUUCCAAGGCGUUCUCCCGCCAAGGUCCACUUGCACCUAUGUUCUAACAAUGGAAAUGCAACAACAUCCGCCGACGAACAUGGAUGCCCUUUCCUUGGUUCUAGAGAGUUGUGUAGUUCCCGAGGACAUAGGGGACAUAGAUGACUACAUGUCUAGACAAGGUCCAGGGCACGCGGUAAGAUUGAUGGCCAUUUGUGGUCCAGCAGGCAAGACUGUAACCUCCGAGCCUAUCCGACCACGAAUAAAGAUCAUAUACUGCAGGGAUGAGUUUCGGGAAACAUUAUCAAUGGACGUGCAUCCAACGGAGCCUUGGAUUUUGGGAGGUCAUUGUAAUGGAUACGUGUCCAUUUGGAACUACGAGACCCAGGAAAGAGUAAUAUCAAUGAGAGCCACAAAAGAGUCAGGACGACUUCAUGAUUCACACUGGAUUCUUUCAAUAAAAUUCAUCCCACGAAGGCAAUGGUUUGUCACUGGUGGUGGCAACGGAUACAUCCAGGUGUUUACGUGUAUGACAAUGGACGAGCUCACGGCUUUUAAAGCUCACUCUAGUUGGGUCGAAUCACUGGCUAUUCACCCAAGCCAGCCAUUUGUGCUGUCAGCAUCUGCCGACUGCUUGAUCAAGCUUUGGGACUGGGAGAAUGACUGGACGUGCGUUCGAACAUUCAGUGAACACUCAGACAAUGUGCAGCAAGUCAUGUUCAACCCGUGGGAAACCAACACUUUUGGCAGUGUUUCAAAGGAUUGCACCGCAAAGGUCUGGAGCAUUACUUCUGGUGAUUCUUUGGCCACAUUGAGCAGUAAAUCACAACAAGUCUGUGUUGAUUUUUUUCCUCCAAGUGGUAAUUGCCAGUAUAUGAUUACUGGAUCCGUCGAUGGAACUGCACGAAUCUGGAACCUAGAAGCAAAGAAAUGUGUCCGACAACUUAAGGGACUACAACAUACCGUAUGUGGCUGCACUGUUGGUGUGGUCCAUUUCCUCCCAGACCAUCCGACUCUGGUUACCGUUUCAGCGGACUAUGCUGUUUCUUUCCGUGACCCCACUACCUACAGGUAUGAACGCACAUUUGACUUUAAGCUCGACAUGGUUCGCGGUGGUUUUGCAUACCUUGAGCGCAUAAGGAGCCUGGUCAUCGGAUUUGAUGAUGGAUUUGCCAUCAUGGAAAUCAACUGAUUUAGGAGGAUGCUAGCAACAAAAAAAAUUGAAGAAUUACAUAUUGUGAAUGAUAGAUGUAUCCGGAAUUGGAUCCCUACAUAAAUUUGUACAAUGCUUUAAAAACUAUGUUUUGGUACAGAGACUAAUCUUUGGGUCAAUUUGUACGUCUCGGGUACUCAGUCUGUUUUUUUAACCCUCUCCGCCAGUUACAUUGUCUUGUCAGAUUCUAUUUCUCUUCCAGUUUCUGUGGCACAAAAAAUUUCAUGCAAGGAAUGAAGAAAUAUUUCUGCAGAAGGCCGGCUAGUCAAUUCCCCCACCUAGAUUCCACUUCAGAUCUCUAUUCUAAAUUAAUUGAAAUUGUACCUUUGUCUCAAGUCAAACUUUUUGAAGUUGGAUGAAAUAUAUGAAAAAAGAUGUUAACAUC